AUGUCCUCCAAUGCUGACACGCCUUUCCAUGAGCUUUCAUUUAUCCCGUUGCUGGAGUCAAGUGAACGCUCCAGUGGCAACGAUUGCCAGCCCGAUGACGAUAGCGAAAGAAAUACCCCCACAGACCAACAAAAGGAAUCCCAAAGACACACCGAAGAAACCGUGCGCAGAUUGCAGUCUGACCUUAAUGAAUUAAAUUCACAAAAUGUUGAACUUGAGGGUGCCAACGCAUACGUUCAAUUAGGUCAUGCCAUUUUGACCGCGAUCCACGAGAACCCCACGAUCCACGCAUUCGUUUCCACGAUUACCGAUACAUUAUCAUCACCAAAUAAUCUGUCUACUUCUACUGGUGUUCCAGUGCUGCAAUCCACUGCUAGUGUGGCUCCGGGACUGUUAUCCUUGCAGGCUGGACUGCUGAAUGUUUUUAAUGCAGCGUACAGAGCGUUCCAUGGCAAGCCUACCCCGUCGUUUAUUGAUCACGCGAAACCGCAUUCAAGCUACGUGAAGAUUAAUAAUGAACAUGAUUUGUGGUACAACCCCGAGCUCAAGCGUGAUUUGGACAUUCAACUACUUCACCAGUUCGAAUUUUUACGAAAGGUGGAUUGCGUGGGGCUUUCAAAAGAUGGCAAGGUUAUCGCCGUUGGAUGCACAACUACCACCUAUUUGUACAGUAUUCAAUCAUACAAACAUGUGGCUAGAUUGACGGUUGACGACGACUGCCACACAGCCGGAUCGAGCCGUAUUAAUUCGUUAUGCUUUUCGCCUGAUGGUAACUAUUUGGCCAUCGCCAAAAAGAUGAAUAUCUAUAUUUAUGACUUGAAGACCCUUAAGAUGUAUAAAACCUUGCGCUGUGGCGAUGGAGAGGUGGUCUCACUUGAUUACUUUCCUGAUGGCGAGAAGUUGUUGUCGGGCCUGAAGAACGGCUUUGUUGUUGUCUGGACUUUGGAAACAACUGAAAUGGUCGUUGAUUACCAUGAAAAACUGGUGAAAUCGGUGCUGGUACUGUGGGAUGGUAAGUAUUAUGUUGUUGGCUUCGGGGAUAAUACUGCCGGAGUGUGGGACGCCGACAGCGAAUUACAGGUGCAAUUUUCGGAUGCUAAACAGUACAAUCGUCACCGCAAGCAGGUGUUAUCUGUCAAGUUUGUUGACGAGAAGGUUUUGUCAUGUUCGACAGACGGUACUGCAAAGUUAUGGAACUUUCUCAAGAUGCCCAACGAUCAAAUAUUUCUGUAUUGUGAAGUUACAUACAAAGGUCAUAAGGGUCUGGUUAAAUCAAUUUGUUCGAUGCCAAAUAUUGGGUGCGUCAUGCUGGGUUCUCAAGAUGGCAAGGUGAUAUGUUGGAACAAAACCACCGGUCACCCACGAUUGAUGCUACAAGCUCAUCUCAAGCCAGUAACUUCGCUCAUGGCUGUUGUGAAACCUGGAAGCUCUAGGGGCAUACUUAUCACCUCGUCGAAUGAGGAUUGCAACGUGCGGGUAUGGGAAGUUGACGUGGUACCCAUAUCAGCACCAAUCUCUGAAUCUGGGGUCGUUAACAGAUGUAUGACUGAUGAAUUGGUUAAGCAAGCACUGCUGAACCGAACUGCCCACAAACCGAUUGGGCCUAGGGCUGCUAAGAAGCAGGCACUUCCAGCACUGCUGAGCCGGGCUAUCAACAUAUCGUCACGGUUUAAGGUUGCCAAGAAGCUGGCACAGCAAGCACUGCUGAGCCUGACACCCAACACAUCAACACAAAUCAAUGUUACCGAGAAUUUGGCACGAUUCGAGCGAAUUGAUUGGACGGUGUUUCCUAUUCAGGCGGAACACGUGUUACCAGCUGGAACCAGAAUAGAUGGGCAAGCGGGGGCGACGCUUAAGAAGCUUUGUACUCGUCGUCUUAGUGUAAAACCUCGAUACCAUUUUGAAGACAUGCAAGACCAGAUGGUAAAGGUUACUAUAACCCUCAAUGACCAUCAGUUGCUGUCGGCCCGGGCCACUUUGAGAUCUGAUGCCGAGCUGUUGGCGGCAAUGGCCAUCACUAAAUAUCCUGCUGCGAGAGAGAUUAUUUUUGAAGAGUGA